AUGUCCGAGAUUUCGAGAGAAGAGCUAGAUGAGAUCUACGCAUUCGCCGUGGAUCUGGGGAAGCGGGCGGGGCAGAUGCUGAAGGAUGCUGCGCAACUGAGAAUGGACGGCAGCAGCAGGACCAAAGCGCAGGAUGAGCAUGUGCAAAAGAUGAACGCUGUCGAUCUGGUCACCGAAACGGACGAGGACGUCGAAGCUUUCGUCAAGACUGAAAUCACAAACAAAUACCCUUCACACAAGUUUGUUGGUGAGGAAUCGUACUCAAAGGGUGUCCGCCGUGACUAUCUCAUUGAUGAAAACCCUACGUGGUGCGUUGAUCCGCUGGACGGCACCGUCAACUACAUCCAUCUCUUCCCGAUGUUUUGUGUCUCGAUCGCCUUUAUACAUAAGAACAAGCCUCUCAUCGGAGUCAUUUAUGCCCCAUUCAUCAACCAAUUCUUCUCCUCCUGCGCUGGCCGCGGAGCAUUCCUGAACGAAACGCAGAAACUCCCGCUUAUCCGCAACCCAAUUGCACCAAUGCCAGAAAAGGCUCCAGCAGGCUGCGUAUUCUCCUGCGAAUGGGGCAAGGACAGGCGAGAUAUUCCGGACGGCAAUAUGCAUCGCAAGAUUGAGAGCUUCGUCAACAUGGCAGCUGAGCUUGGCGGACGGUCAGGCAGGGGCGGCAUGGUGCACGGUGUCAGGAGUCUUGGAAGCGCGACAUUAGAUCUGGCCUACGUUGCGAUGGGUUCCUUCGACAUCUGGUGGGAAGGUGGCUGUUGGGAGUGGGACGUUGCGGCCGGAGUCGCCAUUCUGCUCGAGGCAGGAGGCCUGAUGACAACUGCAAACCCACCUCCAGACGAAGCUACAUGCCUGAUACCAGAUGUCAAAUUGGGUAGUCGAUUAUACCUCGCCAUUCGACCAGCCGGACCUUCAGCCACCGAGACCGGACGCCAAAGUCAAGAGAGGACUGUCAGAGAAGUGUGGCGACGUGUCCGCAACCUAGAUUACUCACGCCUGGGGGCGUAA